AUGUCUUCAUCUUCAUUUUCCCAAAUAAGGUCGCAAGCACUCCAUCUAGAAAAGCAAACGGAGCAAUUGCUCUCGAAAUACUCCCAGUUUCAAAACACAGCCACUGCACAACAAUCGUCCCUUGAACCGUCAGAAGAUGAAACUUCUACAGAGACACAAAUUACAGAGAUACUCACUCGUCGCUCAGCCAUUGUCUCGAAACUAAACCGUAUAAGUGACUCGUCCGCACCAGAAGGUGGGGAACAACUCUCAACCUCAAAACUUCAACAAAUCAGCCGUCAUCGUGAAAUCUUACAGGAUCACACACGUGCAUUCCACCGAAUCAAAUCACAACUCGAGGAAGAGCGAAAUCGAAACAAUUUGCUUUUCUCGGUGCAAUCAGAUAUAUCGAACCACAAACGUCGAACUAAUCCCGGAGCAGCCACCAAUGAAAUUGAUCCAAACUCGUAUAUUUUGGAAGAAGGACAGCGUGCAGACUCUGCAAACACAUUAGCAGACAGGUUGUUACAAGGCGCACUUCAAACAAGAGACGAGUUGAUGAACCAACGACAGUAUUUGACGAAUGCUCAACUGAGAAUAUUUGGCGUCGCGUCAAGUGUCCCCGGUUUAAAUGUCUUGAUAUCAAAGAUUAAUACAAGAAGGAAAAGAGAUACAUUGAUCUUGGCCAGUAUUAUCGCAGCAUGUAUCUUGCUUUUGUUCUUUGUAUAA